AAUGAGUGCAUAUGAUGUUCUUCCAAGUAAUUGGAUUUAGAUACAAUACACAUAAGUUGAGAAAAUAUUAGUUCCUGAACCUCUUUUUGCCAGAAAAAGAUAGUAUAAUAGCUAUAUUUGUCAUAAAAGCAGGUGGCGCAAUGAAAUCAUUAAGCAUUUGAUUUACGUAGUUGAAAACUACAUUUUAUAUUAUUAAUCCUAAUGUAAUGAUCAAAAAAAAGCAUAAUAAUGCAUUUUCAACGUUAUAACUAACAAUUAAUUGUCUCACUUUCAUUGUACUAAGAGUACCAGUUCAAAUAACUAAGGUUUGAAAUACAUAAGAUAUUAAAGGUUCACUUUAAUAAUCUAUGAACCAAACUUAACCGCUUACUAUCACAGGAGUUGCAAAGCUUUCUUUGCCUCUUAAAAUUCUUGA